CCUUUAAAAUGUAAAAAUUAUUGCUGCUACUAGAUGGAGUUGAAAACUACGAGAAGAUGAAAGAAUUACUCAACAAAUCUAAAUUUAAACUUGAAAGAUUAGAACAACAAUGGAACAAAACAGAGGAGCUGAUGAAUACUGAGUACACUGAGCUCAGUAGGGACCUGGAGAACAAGAAGAACAGAAGAAUAAACAACCCAGAAUCCAGUUCCAAGGAUAUUAUUGCUGAAUUAUCUGCAAAAAUCCUGGACUGCCAAAAGUUGAUAAAGAGGAACAGAAAGAUUGCGGAGAAAAUAGAUCUAAAGAUGAACCGAAUGUCCUACACAGACCGUAUCCUGGAUAUUCUUAAGAACGUAGAGAAGCAGCAGUUGGAUAUAGAUAAUAUACUGGUGGAUAUCAGGAGUGUACAGAAGGACAUUAACCUGGAGUCUGGUAAACUGGAGAGAACAUUUCUAGAACUUAAUAUUUCAAUCCAGGACAGGUUAGGAGGAAAGAAUGGAAAGGACGGAUUUGGAGAAAAGAUAAAGACGAUGAUAAACUUGAUUCACCAGGUAUGUUAUGAGACGGUUGAGGAGGUUCGAAGCCUAGGACGGGUGCAGCGGAGCUUUAGGCACCUAGAGCAGCAGAACUCAAACUCAACCUUGGAGCGGUUCUCAGAAAAGAAGAAGAAGCUUCUCGUCGACCUGACUGCUCUUAAAGCUGAAACUACUGAAGCUGUAAAUUAAAUAGUUUAUGUUUGUAAUAUUUUUUAUGUUUCAUGCAGUUGAAAACUUGCAUGAAACAAUGUAUUCUCGCUUCCGUAUACGAUUAAUGUCAGCCAAUGUUUACAUCCUCGAAGAAAAGUACGAAUAAAAUGACUGGUUCUAACGGUA